AUGGGAAGACGUAACUCUGAAAACAACGACCGUCGUACUGAACAAUUCCGCAAGCUGUUCAUUGGAGGCCUGACUCCUCUUACUACAGAAGCCAAGCUGAAGGACUUCUAUUCCCAGUGGGGCGAAAUUGUCGAUGUUGUGGUGAUGAAAGAUGGUCGAACCAACCGCUCCAGGGGUUUUGGUUUUAUCACCUACAAGGAACCAGAAAUGGUGGAUGCUGCUCAAGCUAAUAGACCACAUGAAAUUGAUGGUAAAACCGUUGAAGCCAAGAGAGCUAUGCCGCGUGAAGAUUCAAAUAGCCCCGAGUCUCACAUGACUGUGACGAAGCUGUUUGUAGGUGGCUUGAAAAAAGAUGUAACUCAUGAAGAACUGCGUGAAUAUUUCAGCAAGUAUGGUAACAUCACUGAGUGUGAGGUUGUUGCUUGGAAGGAAUCGGGCGAGUCACGCGGUUUCGGAUUCGUCACGUUUGAUGAUUACGACCCUGUUGAUAAAGCUAUACUGUAUAAACCACACCAUAUCGGAUCCAGUAGGGCGGACGUGAAGAAAGCUCUCAGUAAAGAACAAAUCAACACAAUGAAGAAGAAGCAGGAGUCUCGAAAUGAUUACAAUAACAAUUACGGUGGUGGCGGCGGCGGUUAUGGACCGAUGGGUGGAGGCUAUGGCGGGUAUGACGGAGGUUACGGGGGUUCCUAUGGAGGUGGUCCUUAUGGUGGGUAUGGCUCAAACGGUGGUGGUGGUGGCGGUGCCUACGGGGGUGGGAAUUACGGAGGGGGUUGGGGUCCAAAUCACAUGAAUGGAGAUGGUCCUGGUUGGGGCCAGGGAGGAAUGGGUGAUGGAUUUGGGCACUACGGGAACCAACAAAACUAUGCCGGUGGUCCAAUGCGCGGUGGCCCACCAGGCGGUUACCAGAGAAAUGCUCCCUAUGGAGAUUCAUCACAAUAUCCAGUACAUUCACCUAGAAGAUCAUUAAGUGAUGUGCAUAAAACAAAAGAAUUCAAAUGUUACAUUCCAUCUACAUCACAUAAUGGACCUUAUAAUGAAUACAUUGAUCAACAUGAAUCAAUCAAUAAAAAUUUGAAUUUUGACCAAAAUAUUAAAGCUUUAACAAUACAAAAUGAAUAUGAAUCUAUUUCUGGCAAUCGUUAUGCGGAAUCAGAUAAAACUCACAAUUCUGCAAAUAUGUUUGGCUUAAAACGAUUCUUAUUCUCUGGUUUAUCACGUAAAACAAAAAUGUCUAUUAGUAAUGGGAUUAUUCCAAGUUUAAGAACUCCAGAUAAUCGAAUUCACAAAUCUAAUGAAAAAAAUACUGUUCAUGGUCGUGGUGAUCAAAUGAAAGUUUUAGUUAAUUCAAAAAAUCAUUCAACAAUUGAAAUGCCGUUUUUUUACUGUCAUUCACAAAAGGAACAUCUUGAAGAAGAUUCAACAAAGUUAAUUAAUAAUAUACAGAAUAUUCAAUUAGACAAUUUUCAAUUAAAUCCUAUAUCUUCCUCAUCAUAUUGUGAUAAAUCAGUUCCAAAAGAAGUUUCUCAAUUUGAAACUUUAGGAAUAACACAAAACUUUAAAUCAGUUUAUCGGAAAGAUUUUAUAAUUCACCACGAUACUACUACUAAUACUACUAUUAAUAAAUAUCAUAAACAAUUAUCUGAGCCAAAUUCCCGAUUGAGACAUCGUUAUUCUCACUGUUUAUCUACAGAGUUUAAUCGAAAAUGCUGUGCUACACACCAUCAUAACAAUGAUAUUAUUGGUAAUACUAUGCCGUAUACACCUAGCCUUGUUGAUUUAAGAUGGGUUGCAAGAUCUAAAGGUUCAAAUAUCAAACAUUCAAACGAACAGAUUUAUGUAAGUAAUUCACCUUAUUCACUGAUAGAAAAUAACUCUACUGUGCAAAGUUGUCAGAAUAAUAAAGAUUACUUUUAUAUACCUACGUCUACAAUAUCAGAAAAAUCGUCUAAACAGCUUUCAACAUUCAACGAUAAUGUAUCUCCAGUGGACACUUAUCCAAGAGAAUAUCACCAUCCUAAUCCCACACAUCAUAACUAUCAUCAAUAUCAAAAUAAUCAAUUGAUAGUAGAACACAUUUCACAGAAUGUCACUGAUACUUCACCGAGUACACGUAGUUGUUCGUUCGAUAUGCGUUUUCCCCUAUACAAUCAUCAUGAUAAUCAAUCAGAUAAACAAAACUCCUCUUUGUGUACUGUUAAAGAUAAUUAUGCCCCAAUUUUUAUACCAUCGAAUACUUUUACACUCUCUGAAAGUAAUAAUAUUAAAAGUUUUAAUUUAUCUUGUGUACAUAAUUGUUUAUCACCUCAAACAUUUGAAAUCCCUGACAAUAAUACACAAUACAAUGACCAAAAUGAAACAAACAAUAUUGAUGAACAAUUAUCAAGUAAAUUCGAUAGACGUUUAACUGAAUAUGGUAUAGAUUUAACAAUUCCAUCAUCUCCUAUUCAUGUCCAACGUAAGAUCAAUGGAAUGGGAUUUGAUAAAUAUCGAAAUAUUACAAAAUCAAUAUCAUGUUAUGCUUUAAAACUUUUCACUUAUCAUAAUAACAAUCAUUUUUAUCAACAAAAGUAUAAAAAAAGUUCUGUUGAGUCAACCACAAUGACAAAAUCAUUUUUUCGUACAAAUCACAUUAUUUAUGAUCGAAAAAUAUCUAAAAUACGCUCUGAUAAGAAGAUGAAUGAUCGUAUGAAAAAGAAUUCUUCUGUUAGAAAUGUUGAAGAAUUAAAAAGAUAUAAUCAACAAAUUGAAGGAAGUAAUACAAUUUCUAUGACAACAACACCACCACCACCACCACCACCAACAACAACAACAAAACCAACAAGUGCGAUGAAUAACAAUCAAGAAAAUACUUUUAUCCCACAAUAUUAUAGAACUGAUGCUCAAUCAACAGAUUGUAUCAAGUGUUUUAAUCAUCGUAAAAGUAUUGGGAAACUAGAUGGAAUUUAUGGAAUGUUUGAAAAUCUAAAAUCUGAUCAUAAACUUGAUCGAUACUAUAAUAUGAAACAUCUUAAUCAUGACAAUCAUUGUUAUUAUGAUACAUCUAUAUUACAAACAAGUUGGAGACGAGGUGAAGUGAAGAAAGAUCAACACCAGUCAGGAAGUGGCAAGUCUAUUAAUAAUAUUUCUACGACUUCUACUAAUACUACUACUACUACUACUACUACUACUACUACUACUACUACUACUAAUACAGUGCCUCAUGUUUAUAAUUUAUUUCGGCAACCGAUAUUUAAAGCAAGUACAAGUGAAUUAUUAAAAUGUUUAUCUAUUUUUAUCGUUGCACGUAUACAAAUGAAUUUACUGGAAAAUUCAAAUCAUUUACAUAAUUCUGAUUUACAUGGUAUUCAACCAGCAAUUAUUGUUGCAUGGAUUCGAGCUAUUGAUCGAGCACUUCUAUUACAAGGUUGGUCUGAAGUAGCAUUCAUUAAUCCAACUCAUAUUGUGUUUCUAUAUAUGAUGUUAAGAAAUUUUAUACAAAAUGGUAACAUACAUACAGAACGUGAAUUGCAUACAAUCAUUAUGGCAUGUCUUUAUUUAGCUUAUUCAUAUGCUGGUAAUGAAAUCAGUUAUCCAUUAAGACCAUUUCUUAUUGCUGAAACAAAUCAAUUUGUUGCUCAUUCAGUAGGUGGAAAUAAAAAGUUAUUAUCAAUCAAUGAAAAAUCUUCAGAAAUGCUUCGAAUUAAUGCUGAACCAAUAUUAUUUACACAAAUGUUUAAAGAAUUAACUUUAUAUGACAAUAUUGUUAUUGCUAUGAAAUUAUUGUCAAAUCAUAAUUAUCAUAUCAACAAUAAGAAUAAGAAUAACAAUACUGAUGACAAUAAUGAUCGAUCUGAAUAA